GCAGGUAGCUAAGGGGACUAUUUGAGACACUCUUAGAAUAACAGCCACUUUUGUGGGAGUACAAGAGCAGCAGCUUUUAAAGCCAAGGGUAAACAUUCAGACUUCAUUAGGAUCCUCAAUACAAGCCAGCCAGUAAAAUAUGGGAUCUACCCAGAGGAGCUCAGUCUAUCGGAUGGUCAAGACAAAUAAAACUGGGUCCAAGGUAGCAGUUUCAGCACAGAAAGGGUCUGAGGUUACUAACACAACCCCUCAGCGGGGACAAGGAUAUAUGAUUGCCUCGAGCUCACGAACCGCUGCAGCCCCCCGAAGUCCUUCGCCCCAUCGAAGAUCAGAAGCUGGGCAUCUCCCCUCUUUCCAUUCAGCAUCAGACUAUCCACGUUCUAUCUCCCCCCAGUCAGGGCCCAGUGGAACACCCAUCCCUCGAGGAAGCGAGGCCCGAUCAAAAUCAGAAUCAUACCGCCAUCCCUCUAUUCAUCGAAAGAUCCAGCAAACUCAAACAUCAGCUUCCCAUGCUGUCCAGACGCAACGGAAUGUUAGCCCAUCCAGAGAGGACUCAGCACGAAGAGGGGGUGAGAGCAAGCCAGGGCGUGACAUCAGUAAUCGCUACUCAUUAACCUCUGAUGCCAAAUCCUCUCGCCGGUUGAGUUUUGUAGACCAGAAGGGUAACUUACAAAUCUUGCAAGAAGACCCACCCUCCAAGGUCCAGUACCCACAAGGGGUCAGAGUUCCCCGUAGGACUUUGGUUUACCCAAAGGAUGAAGCAGUUCAAACUGAACCCAUCCAAAAGGGUUUGACUGCUACUGAGAUCAGAUCUCCAAGAAGACCCUCUAGCCCAGAACAUAGCAGUGGCCGAGUCAGUGCAGACUCUCGGACAGCCCAAAGAAAGAUCCCUGGCCAAGAGUGUGAAAUGAGUCAUCCCAGCCCAAUUUACACAGAACCCAAUACUUUGCAUAGGAAUAUGAACUUGGAAUCAUCCCUCAGACUCUCUAUCCUAAAGGAUUUGAGUGGUGGACACCGAGUUCCUAGGCGUUCAGAUCCUGAGACUAUCCCUAAGCAGUCUGUCUACACUGACACCAAGAGCUCCCCAAAGAACUUAAUAUCAUCAGAAGUAGAGUCCAACCUGAGGUCCUCAACUAGAGGAGAUGGCGAGGUCAGCCGCAGGGUCACCAUCUCUUCAGCGGAACAGUUAUACUCAGCUCCCCGUGUGACAUCUCGAGCAGUGUCUGAGAACCCCCACAAAUCUAUGUUUGUCACUCCAGAACCCAGCUAUAAGCAGCACACCCAAAGACCCUCAGAAAGUGUCUGCAUGUCCCCAGGACCUGCACUCAGGUAUCCAGAACCCUCCCCAAAGCCCUCGGUCCAUGCAGAACUGGAACUGACCCCUCGGCCCUUACCCCCUCGGGCCUUACCUAGGUAUGGACCUGACUGUUCAUGGUGGGCCUUACUCAAUCCUGAAGUUGAAACAUCCCAAAGCCGGCCAACAACACCUGAUUUUGAGUCUAAGUCCCCUCUUCCCCCAGACCCUUUAUUGUCCUUUUUUGAAAUGGACUCAAGUCCUUUCUGUGAGGAAAUGAUGUUCCAGAGAGAGAAGGCAAGUCCAGCAACACCACCACCACUAUCACCACCAAAGGAGUCUCCAAACCAGGCACCAUUGAGAGAAAUGCCACAAGCCCUCAAGCAGACCUCCAAACAACCCAUUCAAAGGUUUAGUGCUUUCUUCUUGGAUGUGUCUGAGGAAAUGUAUAAUCGUGUCAUCUGGUGGCUAAAAGGUCUGUGAUUUUCCCUCCUGUGGGUCCGUUGUUGGGGUUUGGGAGGCAGGAGGACAGGUGGAAGGAUGACCGCUAUGUAUCUACAGAGCUAGGUCUAUUAGCACCACACAUACUAGAGGGUUGACUAUAAUUCCAC